AUGAAGACCUCCAUCAUCUUGCCAGUCUUCGCUCUUGCUGCCCGAGUCCUCGCUGCCACCCCUCCAGCAUGUCUGCUCAACGCCGUCAACACGCAGGACGAUCCUAGCGACCUCUCCUCAAUCUGUGGCGACGAUGCGACCGAUGUGCAAGAGGCCAUCGCUAGCGUGUGUAACGGUAACGCCGUGAGCAUGGCACAAUCCGCUUUCAUCUCGACUUGCUCGGCUGCUGGUUCAUCCGUCGCUCCUUACACAGCAACCUCCACCUCGAACUCCACCGCCUCCACGACCAAAGGGUCGUCCUCUGCUACUUCGGCCGGCACAUUUGUUUACACCACCGCUGUCUUCGAUCCCGACUGCAGUUGCACAUCCACUGUCGUCGCGACCGCCACUACCGGUUCCGUAGUGUCAACUGCUCUGGCUAGUGCCACAGGUGCGGACGGUGCUUCAUCGAGCUCGGGAUCAGGUGCUUCAGCGAGCGGCAACGCUGCCGCGGAUACCAAACAGGUCGGUAGCUUUGCCGCAGCCGUCAUUGCAAUUGCAGGAGUUGUGGCUGUCUUGUAA